UGAUCCAUUUCCUGAAAUUGUAAUCCAAAACCUUUCCUACAUUCGUUCCUAAAUAUGAACCAUUUAAUCCGGAUAUAUAAAAUUAUUAUGCCAAAAGUUUAUAAAAUUUGGUCUCAUAACCGAGCUCUCAACAAGGCUAUAUGUGUUUCCAAUACAGACAACAUUUUACAUACGGUGAUGGAAAAAGGGUCCAAUAAAUUAAAUAUUAAAGGCAAGACAAUUGUUCUUGAGAAGGAUGACACGGAAGUCGAUGAAGACGAAAUUAUGGAAGCAUUUCAUGACGAAGGCGAAGUGUUCAUCAUUUUACAGGAGAACGAAUUUUGGCAACCCACGAAAAAUACAAAUAUCGAAUUGAUGACCGAUAUAAUUAACAAUGGAUUUGAAGAAUCUAAUAAUCAUGAAAUAAACCAGUUUCGAAAUGAGGAAAAACUCGAUAACCGCGACAAUCAGAAAUAUAAUGUUAAAUUCAACACCCAGAAUAAAAGUAGUGAAGGACAUGCAGAUGCGACAGUGAAUAAUAAUAAUUUUUCCGAAAUCAAUGAUUUUUCUGUAAAUAGAGAAGAGAACGAAACGACAGAAGGCGAAGAGCAAGAAACAAGAAAUGAACAACGGAAUACAGACGAAGUGGAAGAACCCAGAAAUGAAGGACUCAAUUCAAAUGCUGAAGAAACGGUAGACAAUGCACCUCAAAGUAUAGAAAACCAAUGGCUUAGUUUUAAAAUCAGUUGGGAAGCAGUUAGCAAACAUAAAUUAAAAGAAUUAGAAAGUAGUGAAAAAUCAAAACGAUUAAUAGCGUACAUGGUGAAUGAAGCAGUCGAUCAAAUGAGAACAAUCUCUACCACUAUACCGUUCAUGGCUUGCAAUUUAGUUGCAAAGCAGUUAACGGACAAGUAUCCAGCUAUCUUUCAAGAUAAAAAUAGUGAGGGAAAAGUUAUGGGUAGUGGAUUUGUUACAAUUGCGGAAAAGAUAAAAAAUAGAAAUAAAAACUUGUCUAGAAUUGAUCAUCCUAAUUUGUCUGCAGCUUUAAGAAUCACAUCGAAAACAAUAAGGAAGAAGCAAAGGGCUGAAGCUGGUUGCUCAAAAUGGCAACCACAGCUGAAGCAAUCGAUUCACGUACUGGAAGGGAAAAGAGUGUUUAUGCAAAAGUGGAUAGAUAAAGAAAAUAAAAAUAACAGCGACGAAGAAGUAUCAGAAGGAAGUGAAAAUGAGCCUCCUAGUGCCAAUGACAUUAACGAAAUGUGGCCAAUUUUGUUGGAACCGGAAUUUUUACUUUGGCAGUAUCAAAUUUUAAUGGGGCAUUCGAUUGAUAAUUUGUGUAUAAGAUUUCAGGAAUCGUCCAAUAAAAUUUUUGCAUAUGCGCACGCAAAUAGAUUGACAAAUGUAAAUGAAAUCAGUGACGAAGAAGUUUUGAGGAUAAUUGGAAACGUUUUUAAAGAAAAAAUUGAUCUUAUAUUUUUAAAGUAUCCGGAAGUAGAAUCAGUCUUCGAAUUGCAAAUUCCUCCAAACGUUUUUGCUUGGGUUGCGUGUGUAGGUAACCAAGAUCACUACUCAUUCUUUCUUGAAAACAGAUUGAUUCGAACAGAACUUACAUUUAUGGAAACACUCAAGCUCUUAUUUGCUUCCUAUUUUGUUUUUAACAAAAAUUUUCCAAAAUCUAAUUCAAUAACAUUUGAUUUCAUUCAACGCUAUUUGCUUAGUAUUGAGCCAAUCAAUGGAAACAAAGCAUGGAACUCGAGUAAAUCUAAGAAUUUAGUUGCCAGCUUUGCAAACAAACUGGAUCUUUUCCAUGUUCCCGCCAAUACAGAAGAUUUUAAUCCUGAUACUAAUGUUUUAAUGAUUUUAAUUAACGAACAGAUUUCAACUUUAAAGUCUUGC